CAAAGGGGAAUGCAGAAAAUGUCCAACUCGGUUAAAAAAGUGAGACAAGGAGAAAGGACGGGCCCGAAAUCCACAGGAAUCCAUAGCAACCUUGUUUCCAGGGCAUCUCAUGAUCUCAGGAGGCUUCAGUUCCUGCUUGCCAAAACCGGCCCCAGACAAGAGGUGGCAGCGCUGAGUCACGGUAAAGCACGCGGCGGUGGAGCCGACAGAUCACGAGGCCUGCAUCCUCAGAAAGACGCCACCAGACAACAGAGUGAGAGCGACAUCACCAGUGAAGCCUCUGAACUGGAGAAAUUCAGUAAAACAUACAGAGACCAGAGAAGCUUCAGUAGCCACCCACUGCAUAAACUCUUUUCCAACAUCCUUGUGUCUUUGGUCGAGAACCGACUCUGCAGUGCAUGGAUUGACCAUGCAGCACCUGAAUCAGUCCUCAGGGUCCUCAUCUGCCUCAGAUUGUUAACCAGAGAUCCUCACCACCAGAAAAUCCUCCAUCAGCUCCAGGGCAUCAGUUUACUCGCCAGGCACAUGGAGUCUGUCACUGCCAUCUACAUAUCCUGCGGUGAACAGUCAUUUUCCACGCAGACACUGGUCACACUGACCUACAUCUUUAAGAAGCUGUCCGCCAUUGAAAAUCAAAGGGCCUGGGUCAUCAAGAGCGGCGCUCACAAGACCCUGGUGAAGCUCCUCUCCACAACAGACAGCAGCGUUCUGCUGGGAGCUCUGCUGGCUCUCACCGCUUUGGCCCAGAGCCCAGAAUGCAAAGAGGAGAUUGGGGAGCCACCGAUAGUGGAGAAUCUACUUGUAAUCCUGCAGGAAUAUGACCUUCUGUCAAAGAGGACGGGAGCCGAGCUGCUGAGGCUCCUGUCCCCUGUGCGGCAGGUGAGGGACCAGGUGAGGGAGCUGGAGGUUCUGCCCGUGCUGCUGAGCCUGCUGCACGGGCAGAACCUGAAGCUGCUGUGGAGCCUGGCCUGGGUCCUGGUCCAGCUCUGCGAGGACCAAACCACCCGGACGGAGAUCCGGAGCUGGGGAGGAGUGCAGCAGCUGCUCUGGCUGCUGAACAGCGACAGGCAGUUUGUCUCCGACCGCUCCUUGACUGAGACGCCCUCCGGCCCCGAAGCAGCCGCUGGCUUCCAGAGAGAACUCGUCAGAGAGGAGCUCAGCCUACAGCAGGAAGUGGACAACACCGAGGCUCUGCAGUCAGCGUGCUGUACAGCUCUGACCGAGCUCAGUCUGGAUGACACGUCUGCUCACCACAUUGUGCAGGAAAACGGCAUUUACAUUAUAGCAAAGUUGAUAUCAGCACAAACGUCUGGAGCAAAGAUCUCAUCAUUGCAGUGCUAUGCAUUCAGGACCCUCCGAUUUCUUUUCCGUGUGGAAAGAAACAGGCAUCUGUUCAAGAGACUCUUUCCCACAGACAUCUUUGAGAUGUUUAUUGAUGUUGGCCACUGUGUGCGGGACCUCACUGCCUAUGAAGGACUGCAAACCAAGGUCUCACUCUACACUGAAGAUGAAUUGGACGAUCUGAGAGAGAGCGUCGAGGCUGUGGAUCAGAAUCGCCCCCCCCUCAGGGUCAUCAACGGUUACUCGGUGCUGGACCACCUGGGCACCGGGGCGUUCGGAAGCGUCUUCAAGGUUCGAAAGCAGAGUGGCCAGAACCUCCUGGCGCUGAAGGAGGUGAACCUGCACAACCCGGUGUUCGGCAAAGACAAGAAGUCCAGAGACAGCAACGUGGAGAAAAUCAUCUCUGAGCUAACGAUCGUCAAAGAGCAGAUGACACACCCAAACAUUGUUAAAUAUUACAAGACAUUUUUGGAAGGUGACCGGCUGUACAUCGUGAUGGAGCUGAUAGAGGGCGUGCCACUGGCCGAGCAUUUCACCUCUCUGAAGGAGAAGCAGCAGCAGUUCACCGAAGACAGAAUUUGGAAUAUAUUCAUUCAGAUGUGCCUGGCCCUGAGGUACCUGCACAAGGAGAAGAGGAUAGUCCACCGCGACCUCACGCCCAACAACAUCAUGCUGGGGGAGAAGGACAGAGUCACCAUCACCGACUUCGGCCUCGCCAAACAGAAGCAGGACAACAGCAAGCUGACGUCGGUGGUCGGCACCAUCCUCUACUCCUGUCCAGAGGUGGUGAAGAAUGAGCCUUACGGAGAGAAAGCUGAUAUCUGGGCGUUGGGCUGUAUCCUCUACCAGAUGGCCACUUUACAUCCUCCUUUCAACAGUAGUAACAUGCUGUCGCUGGCCAACAAGAUUGUGGAAGCCGACUACGAGCCGGUUGAAGAAGGCUCUUUUUCUGAGAGAGUGACAGACAUGAUCAGAUGGUGUCUGAGUCCAGAUGCAGACCAGCGGCCGGACGUUGUGGCCGUCAGCUCCAGGAUCUGUGACCUCAUCAUGAAGCUGAUGGACGGACUCUACACUUCCCAGAAUGUUCUGGAGAGAAGAGCGGAGAGAGACAGAAAACGAGCACAAAAGUAUUUCCUGGAGCGACACAAAAGCAGGAGGAGCUGCUGCCUCUCGAGUCUGUCGCAGGAAACACCCUCGAUGCAAAGUGAAUAUCCGAUUCCCCUCUCCUCUGCCACCUGCAGCUCAAACCACAGCGAGCAUAUAAUCCGUCCAGAAGAGGCCUCAGACGAUGAUGCUGAACCGUCUGACACGAAACACUCCACCACUUCCUCUGAGGGAAAAAACUAUGCAGUGACGCCCAGUUCCUGUGCUACACCGGACCAGGUUCUACAGUGUAAGGAUUAUGCUGCAGCAAGAACGAGAGCGAGACCAGUGUCAGCAGGGAUCUGCGUCUCCCAGAAGAAGCUUCGACAGAUUAUCGAUCCCAGCCAGACGCUACUCGUGCAGCUGCACAAGAUUGUCUACAUCUCUCAACUUCCACCAGCUCCGCACCACAACAUCAGACGCAGAGUCAUUGAAAGAUUUAAAAAGUCUCUCUUCCACUAUGGAAGCGAUCCGUACAACCUGAAGGUGGAGCUAAGCAAGCUCCUCCAGGCCUCGACAGAGCUGAUGGAAUUAGGCUCGACCAGUUCAGACUGGUGGUCUCUGGUCCACCGCUACACAGGAGACCCCCUCACUGCUGACAGAGCAGGUGACGGGAGCCUCAAAGAGGGAGUGACCUAUCAGCAGAUGCAGGGGAUCAUAGAGGAGCUGCUGGAGGAGAGCAGCUACUACCGAGCUCCAAACAGAAGGGCCGAAGAGAAAAGAAAUGACCAUCGUCCACAUACAUCCUCAUAG